CCUGACCCAUAUAGAUUAAAUGAUUUGCAACCCCAGCUAUAACCUGUCUUAAGCUGACCCUCUCUUAUAAAAUGCACAAAAUGUGUUUACCGUUUACCUUUUCGCGACUUAGGCGUUCCAAGCAAAAUUUCCUAGACAUGGAGCAGCAGCACACAAUGGAGAAACUCAGGCCAGGCCUUACCAACGUCUAUAGCGGUCAGGAUCCUGUUGUUGAUAUUGUAGCAAUACACAGCCCGAAUAGAAACCCUAUCAAAUUGUUUAUGUCCACUGCAACUGGGAAGUUCUGGCUUGGUGAUGAGGAUAUGCUCCCAAGAGAUAUUCCAAAUUGCCGCGUCCUCGCAUUUAGUUAUUCUGGUUCAGACAGCAUCAUGGCAUCUGCAAUGCAGUUGGUGGAAAGCCUGGUCCAUAAUCGCCGUUUGGAGGGUAAUAUCGAGAGACCAAUAAUGUUCAUUUGUCAUUCGGUGGGAGGGAUUAUUGCCAAGCAGGCACUAAUCCACUCUAAAGAUUGUGGAAAUAAAGAAUUAGAGGCUUCCCAUUCAAUAUAUGUUUCGACACAUAGCCUCCUUUUUAUUGGGAUGCCAAAUAAGGAAACAAGCUUUGGUAACCUUGCUGCGGUCUUGCAGCAUGAGGGAGUUGGUGCACAGUUACUUAAUUCUGGUCUAUUAAGGAACGUUGAUAAUGGGUUCGAGCCAAUCAUGGACCGUUAUCGUAUAUCCUCUCUCUGGGAGAUUUCACUCUCAGAAAUAGAAGACCACAAUAUGGAUGAUGUCGUAAGAAAUCAUAUUGGCUCGUGCCAGUUUCCAUCUCGAGAACUGGCCGAAUAUAAGAAGGUGUCAGUAAUCCUGAGACGUUACUUUAAACAAGCGCCUCAAGCAAUUCCACCGAAAUGGGCGCAGGCAAGGGCCAUAUUGAAACUGGAACGGACGUACGAGAGGCAGAAUCAACUCGCACCAGCAUUCUUCCCAAGGGCAAAGCAAUAGAAGAAAGGUCAGAGGACUAUUUUAAUUAGUUACAUGAAUUGGAAGAUACCAUACGAAAC